UGGUCUCGACUGGGCGCCAAUGAGAUGACGGGCCCUGUGGACUUCAUGCCUCACAACGGCCACCGCCUGCAGCCCGGCUGCAACAAACUCGAUAUCGACACAUCUCCUGCAUUGGACUACAGUCUCGCCUGCAGUCAUAACAUAGCAUUAAUGUUGUUUGCCAAUGCUAUCAGCUAUUCUUCAUCUAUUGCGGGUACACGGUGUUACUCGAAUGAUGCUUUCAUGAACAAAUUGUGCCAGAACAACCCGAAAGCCUACAUGACAGAACCCAGCCAGUAAAGGAUGUUCAAAGGACGUACAGGUAAAGGACCUGAGACAACAAAGUUCAACAAAUGAGUUUGUAUUCAAUUUCAGAGUAGAUGUUUCUGCUAUUACCUACAAAGCUAUGGAAUACGCUAAACAAUGCACUCCGUUAGGAGAAUACACAGUGCAAUUUCUUUUGUCAAGAACAAAAUUAGUUUUCUUCUAUGGCGGCACCUUCCUGGAAUACGGCGCCGCCGUCACCAUGGUGCCGCGCGUGGGGCGCGCGGUGGCGCAGGCGCUGGCGCAGCUGCCGCCCUCCGUCACCAUCGGCCACCUGGUGGGCCACAGCCUGGGCGCGCAGGUCACCGGCCACAUCGCCCGCAACCUGCCCAGCCGCCCGCGCUUCAUCGUCGGCUUGGACCCGGCGGGCCCGCUGUUCUACCCGACCAUGUUCGGGUGCCAGGAUCCGAUCUCAUCGACCGACGCCGACCACGUGACCGUGUUACACACAGACUGGUCUCGGUUGGGCGCCAACGAGUGGACGGGCUCCGUGGACUUCAUGCCGCACGACGGCCACCGCCCGCAGCCCGGCUGCAACAACAUCAACAAUCUCGAUAUCGACAAAUCUUCUGCAUUUGGCUAUGCUUUCGCCUGCAGUCAUAACAGAGCCAUUAUGCUGUUUGCCAACGCUAUCAGCAAUUCUUCAUCGGUUGUGGGUACCCAGUGUUACUCGUAUGCCGCUUUCACGAACAAAUUGUGCCAGAACAACCCGAAGGCCUACCUAACCCAACCCAGCGAGAAAUAUAUUUUUAUACAUGGAAAUGAAUGUCCUUACUAUUUUAUUACUGCGAAUCUAAAUGAAUUUUUUCUUCAAAAAUGUCCGUUUCAAAAUGCAAAUGUAUAUUAUGCUAUGUAUUAUGUAUAUUAUAUUAUG